CCUCGUCUCUUCUGCUCUCUGCUCUAUCCUCCAUCUCUCCCUCUCGCUCGUGAGUCAGUUGGGAGGGACACGCCGAAGGAGGCGAGACGGAUGUCGUCGUACUUCGACUUCGACGACGACAGCAGCCAGCAGUCGGGCAACUCCACCUGCUCUAAGUUUGCCACUUGCGAGUCAUGUGUCGACUACUUCGGUCAGGGCGAUGUAGGAUGCCUCUGGUGCAACGUGCCAAAGGACGAAUCGCGCAGCGUUGUCGGGGGUGGGCUGUGCGUGCCUCGCUUUGGAGCUCAGGACAGCUGUGAGUUCGGAGAGCUGCAGGCAACCUGUCAGGAGGGGGCCGGCUGGUACGUGCUGGUCCUGACGCUCUCGGCCCUGCUGUGCUGCUGCUGCUUCCUCACGAUGGCGAGGAAGUUCGUGGCGAUGUGGCACGAGAGGUGGUGGCUCGCCUCCGGGGGUGAUCUUGCGGUGCCCCUGCUCGACGACGACGGCGAGGAACAGCAGCACGAGGUUAUCUUUCGAAGCAGUCUCACGGACUCUGCGGGUAACGCUUCCUGGCGAUGCCCCGUCUGCGGGUUCGACAACAGGCCCCACUGCAAGCACUGCGACCUGUGCGGCAUGAGCUCGGAGUUUGCGGAGGCGUAUUGGAAAGACAAGGAAACUUCGAGGCCCAAGGGCGGUGCGACUGUAUCGAAGCCGUCCGAAACGAGCGUAGAAGAGGGCAAGGUCGGGGAAGGCGGGGACGCGAGGCCACCGUACUCGACACCGGACAGCGGUAGCGGCGCCGGAGAGGAAGACGGGGGCAGCGGGUGCGGUGAGCUUGGCGACGCAGCACGAGGUAGCGAUAGCACGGAGGUAACCGAGAUGUCCGCGGCCGGACAGGGAGGGGACAGGGAGGGGAUAGGAAAAGAGACGGAUGGAGGCGAUGCCGAGGAGAGCGAGGUCGCGAACGAACCCGAGGCUGCCGCGCCGCCGCCGCUGCUGCUGCAGGCGGGGACGGGGUUGAUGCCGGGGGGCAGCAACGACGACGGCGCUACUGCACCAGACGACGACGACGGCGGCGACGAUGGCUACAUCGUCGGUGGCGGCGUUGGCGGGGACGGUUACGGCUCGGCGCGCCGCGUAGGUGCCUCCCUCGGGGGAGAGACGAAGGACGGGGAAAAGCCCCGCGCAGCGCCGUUCCGCACGGUGCGGCGCCUCGGGCCCUUGACAGAGCGGCAAAAGAGGCGCAUAUGGCAGCGCGUGAUCGGCCCCGACGGAAAGAUGCGCUGGCUGCAGAGCUUAGAAAGCCCCGCCACGCUGGCCGCCGCCGCCGCCGCCACCGCCGCCGCUUCCGCUUCCGCCGCCUCCGGCAACCCCCCCGGCUACCAGCCGCCGUCGAUCACGCCUCCUCCGAAUGCUUCCUCUACCGCCGUCGCCGCUGCUGGCGACGGCGACAACGGGGCGAGGCGAGGCCGUACCGGGGCCAGAGGCGUGUCCGCCGCUGCUGCCGCCGCCGCAGCCAACGCGUCCGCCGUCCUCCGGUACUGGACCUCGCGAUCACGAGAACGGCUGGCCGAGGAAGGGGGAGCAGGGCCGGAGGAAGACUCGGCGACCGAGCCGCUUCUCCAGGACCAGCAAGAGCAGCAGGCGGGGGCGGGGGCGGGGGCGGGGGCGGCGGCGGCGGCGGCGGUGGCAGAAGAGGCCAGAGAAGAGGGGGAGUCGUCGCUGUCAGCCGCGGAGAGAGGGGAGUCAUCGUUAUGGUCGUCGCCGCAAUCGCACGGUGACGAGCGAGGCGCGAAGCGGGAGCGCGAAGGGUCCGACACCAGAAGCGAUGAUGGAUCCUGGGCGCGUCUAUCGUCGGCCGGGAGCGACGACGGCGGGGGGGCGGGGCGCCCGGACGGCAGCAGGAGCGUCGGCGACAGCCGAAUCCGCAGCCGCAGCCGCAGCAAAGACAAGGGCAAGGAGUUGCCGGCUGCUGUGAAGACAGCGUCGGCGGCGAGGGAAGCGGUGACUCUGACCCGACGUGACUCGUUCGGGGACGAGAUCAUGUUGACCAAGUGCCCUGGUUUCUACGCCACGUGCACGGCAGUCGCACACGGGUUGACCACAGACCAAGGUUUUGUCGGGGCUUUGUAUGUCCGCGGUGUUGCGGCACACCCGCUGCCGCCCUCGGCAACGCGAAGAGGCCAGCUUGCCGGAGAGGGAGCGGCAACCCCGUCAUCGCUACCUCCCGGCGGCGGCAACGGCGCAAGCCGAGGGCGGAACGGUUCCGCGGGCGCCACAGCCGGCGCUGCGGGUGCGGGGGCGUUAGGGUUCGGGCUCGGUACCGGGCCGGCUGCGAGGCUUGGGGCGGCGUACGGGAACGGGGGGUGGGCGGAGGGGACGGCGCGUCGGCGGGAGGCGAGGAGGGAGGAGGCGGCGAGCGAGGAGUGGAUCGCCUCGACGCGGAAGCAGGUAGCGAAGCUCUGCGAGGUGGCGUCCAAGCCGUUCUGGCAGAAGCACAGCUGGUUCUUGGACCAGCUUAAGCUUUUGCAGGUACCGCACGGGGGCGGUAUGGAAGCGAUGCGAAUAGAGGUGAACAGAAAGAACCUCCUGGAGGACUCUUUCGCGCAGGUGUCUGCCAUGAACGCCGGGGAGCUUCGGCGAUGGCUGAGGGUACAGUUCGUAGGCGAGCCAGGUGUUGACGCCGGCGGUCUGGAGCGGGAGUGGUUCAUGCUCGUGUGCAGCGCCCUCUUCGACCCCUCGACGGGCCUGUUCACUCCCCAGCCCGGCAACGGGGCCUUCGCGAUAAACCCCUCUAGCGGGGUGGCGAACGAGAUGCACCUGGAGUACUUCCGCUUCACGGGAAGGGUGCUCGGCAAGCUCCUAAUGGAGCACAGCGUGGCACCGUACCACCUGUCGCUUCCCAUUCUCAAGCACAUGCUCGGCCUGCCGGUGGCGUUCUCGGACCUGGAGUUUGCCGACGCUGAGCUUUACCGGAACCUCCAGUGGCUCAGAGCCAACUCCGGGGCGGAGUCUCUGGGUCUAGACUUCACGGUGACGCUAGAGAGCUUCGGGGUGAAGGAGGUGGCGGAGCUCUUGCCUGGAGGAAAAGACAUAACCGUCACCGACGGCAACAAGGAGGAAUACCUGAGGCUCCGACUCAAGCACCGGGUGCUGGACGGCACUCACAGCCAGCUGUGGCACCUGAUGCGAGGGAUGUACGAUGUGAUCCCCUCGCACCUCAUCUCGGUCUUCGACUACCAGGAGCUGGAGUUGCUGUUGUGCGGUAUUCCGGAGAUCGACGUGUCGGAAUGGAAGCGGUGUUCUCGCUACCUCGGGGACUACAGAAGGGCAGGAGAGAAUCACGUUGUCAUCAAGUGGUUUUGGGAGGUGGUGGAGGCGUUUUCCGAGGACGAGAAGGCGCGACUGCUGCAGUUCUGCACGGGGAGCAGCCGGCUCCCCGCCCAUGGCUUCAAGGCCUUGCAGAGCAAUGACGGGAGCUUCCGGGCGUUCUCGCUCCAGUCCAUCACGAAGAGGGACAGCGCCUUUCCCCGGGCGCACACGUGCUUCAACAAGCUCGACCUGCCCACCUACGAGAGCAAGAAGGAGCUGGAGGAGUGCCUGGGGCUGUGCAUCUGCUUCGAGCUCACCGGGUUCACCAUCGACUAGAUUAUAUAGUUUGUGGUGCUGGCGGACUUUUGUCGUGCCGCCCCUUUUGUUUGCUUUGCUUUG